UCCUAGUGGCCACUGCGCGUGCGCAGGGGAGCUACCAGCUAUCAAGUUGGUCAAACAAGCGGGUGAGAAAAUGCAUAAGCUGAAGUCAUCGCAGAAGGACAAGAUCCGACAGUUUAUGGCCUUCACGCAGGCCGGAGAGAAGACCGCCGUGUACUGCCUGACACAGAAUGACUGGAAAUUAGAAGUGGCCACGGACAAUUACUUCCAUAACCCAGACCUCUACUAUAAGGAAUCCAUGAAAAACUCUGUGGAUCGAAAGAAGUUGGAGCAGCUCUACAAUCGUUAUAAAGAUCCUCACGAUGAGAAUAAAAUCGGGAUUGACGGGAUCCAGCAGUUCUGCGAUGACCUGACCCUGGACCCGGCCAGCAUGAGCAUCCUGGUGGUGGCCUGGAAGUUCAGGGCCGCCACCCAGUGCGAGUUCAGCAAGAAGGAGUUCUUGGAUGGCAUGGCGGAGCUUGGGUGUGACAGCACAGAGAAGCUCAAAGCAAUCCUGCCCAGAUUAGAACAGGAACUGAAAGAUUCCGGAAAGUUCAAAGACUUCUAUCAGUUCACCUUUAACUUUGCCAAGAAUCCCGGACAGAAAGGCUUAGACCUAGAGAUGGCAGUUGCCUACUGGAAUCUGGUUCUCAAUGGCCGCUUCAAGUUCCUGGACCUUUGGAACAAGUUUCUAUUGGAGCACCACAAACGCUCCAUCCCCAAAGACACGUGGAACUUGCUCUUGGAUUUCGGGAACAUGAUCGCCGAUGAUAUGUCAAACUAUGACGAGGAAGGUGAGCCACGGCGAGGCGCUCUUACCGCACGGUCAGCAGCCUGAAAGGGGCGUGGCCUGUUCUCAUAGAUGACUUUGUGGAGUUUGCACGACCGAUUGUUACUGGGUGCAAACCCAAAGCUGUAUAAUGACUGCCCAGCUCUGGCCCUAGCCUGUUUGUUCAGUUAUUAUUAUAAUUUUUUUUUUUGUCGUUGUUUGUUUUUUUUUCUUUUCUUUUUCAAAGACGGCGCUAAAAGGAAUGGGGAUUUAAAAAAAAGAUUGAAGUCUUGAGACCAUCUGUGAAGAGAGAAGAUGGAGUCAAAACUACCAGACAAACCAAUCAGGGAAUACAGUGAGAGAAAAAUGAAGGCCACGAGUUUGUGGUUUUUUUUUUUUAUGAUUAUUAUAUUUCUUUCAACCAAACUCAUCACAAGCAAUCCGCAGCUCUUCCUGUCAUCAACAAGAAGCUAAUACAUCUACCCUAAAACCACCCCCCCACCUCCAAAACACCCACCCGAGACCUCAUGGGAUAUGCGUCGUUCUCAAUUAGUUUCACCGGGGUUCUCCUCUGGGGGGGCCCCUACUUUCCCUCAACAGCCUUCUUUACUUUGAUUUAAAAAACAAACAAAAAAAAAACGGAAGAACAAAAGCUUUUCUUGUGGCAGUGGGUGUAUGAUACAAGAUCCGUUUUGCAUGAGCUGUUUUUUUUUUAUCCAUUUUUACUUCAGCGUGAUUGAAGGACAGGGUGGUGAAGCAGGAGCCACAAGCAUUUGAGUUAAUGGCACAUCACCAGCAGAAACUCUUUUACUACAGGUGUAAUAUACUGUAUCCAUAGGAGUAUAUAGAAAUACCUAUCUAUAUCGAUAUGUAUGUAUGUGUUAGUGUGUAUGUGUGUAUAUAUAACUGUGUGCAUGUGUGUGUGCGCGUGUGUGUGCGUGUGUGAAUCGUCACACACGCACACACUUUAUGUAUAAGUAUUAAAGUUGAAUAUUUGUGCUGUAAAUUAAACCUUACAUUUAUCAUGCUUCAUUUCCAUUUUAUUUGCGUUUAUGCUCCAUUAUUUUCCCGCCCCCACAAUGGGAACGAGACAACUCCAUUCAGUGUUAAAUUAUCCUCUCAGCAGUACUUUCCGGACUGGCGUUGAAGCGCCACGUUUUGGCUCUGGGACUGAGGCCUCCUCCGGUUGCUUCCGCGGCUGAUGAUGGUCCCCUGGCGCGGGUGCCAGGUUUCGUUCCGUAGCGACUGGGUGGUGAAGCAAGAGCUAUUUUCGUUCAGUGAGUAACCCUCCCGCACAGAGGGGCCUGCCUGUCGCGUGCGGUGGGACCCAAGCCCCUGUGGAUUCCCCUUGCAUCCUCACCAUCUUUUAUAUAUUGUAACUGUUCUGGAACCUCGUUGUGUCUGGUGUGGGUGGAGUCACGGGAGUGACGGAUUUUAAAAUAUCAACAGGAAUCAGCCCUCAUUGGUCCAGAAUAAGCAUGAUGUCCUGAACAUGCGCCGUCAUUUCUAAACUUUUUGUACGUUUAUCGAAUCGAAACCGAAAAUCUGUUAAGAUUAAUAGUCGCGAUUACACAUGGAGUGUGUAUCUCUCGUGUAAUCUGUGUACCUCGUGUUGAUGGGUUGGCUGGGGAGUCCAGCUGUCCCCUCUUCCAUCAGUGGGUCAAAUGUCAACGACAAACCCAGAUGGUGACGCCAGGGGAUGGUGUUUUGCUGGGUCCCGUAGCCCGCUGGGUCACUACCCACCCAGGAUUGGUCAGCGCUUGCGUACGAUUUCUAAACAAUCAGGAUGAGAAUUUUCGUUAUUUUAAGCAUGCCGGGUGAUGAUAGCGGAUAGUACUUUCUAGACGGACGGGCACUAAUGGGUUAGUUUUCCCAUUUUGAGAUUUUUGGUUUAUUUCUCUAUGCUGGGAAUGCAUUGAAAGGUUAGGGUCAUGUGACCGCAUGCGGAGUGUGUGUCAGGAAUUGGACUGAGUGUUGACACCAAUGUUGAAGAUGCUCACGUUUCACUAAGGUUUUACCGCGUACCUGUGCACAGCGUUUCUUCCUGGCUCUGUCUGUGUGUGUGUGUGUGUGUAUGUGUGUGUGUACGUGCGCACGUUUAUGUGUGUUGUGUGUGCAUGCAUUCGCGUGUGCACUGAAGUUUGGCAUUGCUCAGGGAAGCGGCGAUACUGACUUUGAGCCUGACCUUGCUGCAACAACAAGACGACCACAAGGUGGUGCUGUGGUGUGGAGCUGAACCCACCUGGGAUGCUCUUGCCUGUUCACACGCACCAGGCCUCAGGAUCCCACUCACAGUGAGGUGUUUAGGCCUCCACGUGUUUUUCCAGCUGAGUGCACAUCCGCUACCUGAUCCUGAUUCGUGGACAGGGCGUUGCAGCUGUUGGUUGUCGCUUGCUUUGGUGGGUUUUACCGUAGUGUCUUGGAGAGAUGGGGCAGUACAUCUCCUGGGGGGGGGUGUUACUGCUUUUGCAAAUAAAAGUUCUAUGAAACUA